GAGAGAGAGAGAGAGAGAGAGCACAGUCACUUCUUUGUAACAUCGACUCAUUUAACAUCUGAACCGUGAAGCGCUUGAACCGAACUCCACCAAACGACAGUACAUCACGACAAUUUACACGGCUUUACAGCCCGCACCAAAUGGGUUCUGGGGGUUGAGACCUACUCCAGCGAACAUCCUCAACAACAAACAAGUAACAGGGAAACACCCAUCAGGGAUAUCACAAAUCUUUUUGUGAAAUCGACAGGAAUUCUUGCGGAGGAGCUGAAGUGUGUGAGCGGGACGCUGGCAGGAUGAUGACCCAAGAAGACAGGGACUAUCUAAACGACUCUUAUGAAUACUCGGACUAUGGAUAUGUGGAGGAGACCAAGGCUGGAGGCUACACUCAGAGAGAAGCUCUUCACAUCAUAUCGGUGAUCAUCUACAGCCUGGCCUUCACUCUGGGAGUGAUCGGGAACGGCACGGUCAUCUGGGUGACCUCCUUCAAAAGCAAACGGACGGUGAACAGCAUCUGGCUGCAGAAUCUGGCCAUCGCCGACUUCGUGUUCGUCCUCUUCCUGCCGUUCUCCAUCGACUACGUGCUGCGAGACUUUCACUGGCUCUUCGGGAAGACCAUGUGCAAGCUGAACUCGUUCGUGUGCACCAUGAACAUGUACGCCAGCGUGCUGUUCCUGACCGUCCUGAGCUUGGACCGCUACGUCUCGCUGGUCCACCUGAGCUGGUGCGAAAAGUAUCGAAGCAUCCGGGGGGCCUGGUGGGUGUGCGCUCUGAUUUGGUUCACGUCCUGCUGUCUGAGCUGCCCGGCUCUGAUAUUCCGCGACGUGAUCCAGCAUAACGGGAAGGUGGUGUGUUUUAACAACUUUCACAACGAGAGCAGGCGCAUGAUCGCCGUGAGGCACAUCGCGAUGGUGUCUCUGCGGACCACCGUGGGAUUUCUGCUUCCGUUCGCGACCAUCACCACCAGCGGCGUCCUGCUGGCUGUCAAGAUGCGCCAGUCCGACUCGGUCCGCUUGACCAGCUUCUCCAGAACCAUCUCCGCCGUGAUUCUUGUGUUCUUCUUGUGCUGGGUGCCCUUUCACACCUUCAGCCUGAUGGAGCUGAGCAUGCAUCACACCUCCUCCCUGCACUCGGUGCUCAUCGUGGGCUUCCCGCUCGCCACCAGCCUGGCCUUCUUCAACAGCUGCGUCAACCCCAUCCUCUACGUGCUGCUCACCAAGAAGGUGCGCAAACUGGUGAGGAGGUCGUGCUUGAACUUCACCAAGAGCUCGCUGAGGGAGCUGAGUCAGUCUGUGUCGGCGACCGAGCUAGACUCGCCGCUGCCCAGCUGCUCUCCCGAAGAAGCCACGGUCAACUCCUCCGUCUGAUCCGCUCGGCCAUCGGCCCACAAACUCAGCGGGCUUUGAGCUUUUGAGAUGAAACUUCUGGAGCUCCGACUGGACUCGAGUAUAUUCUGACAAAGUGGUCGAGAAAUACUGGCUUUCAUUUCUUAUAUACCACAUUGCAGUAAAUACGUAUUUAAUGCAGCAUUUAUUUUAUGUCGUACAAUAAUAAAAAAAAAGACAUAUAUAGAUUUAUCUGUAACAGUAAGAACAGGAUUAAGUGUUUCUGGGAGUAAGAUGAGUGAUAUUUCAGAUCAGUUUGAAAUUGAAAUUUAUUUUAUUAUCACUCCACUGAAUCAAUAAACUUGCCAAUGCUAAUGUCUUAGAAUUAUACAGCUUUAUCUAUAAAUUAUUAUAUAAAAGAAAAAUCUGAGUUACAGUGAGGAACUUAUAAUGUAAGUUAAUAGGAUCGAUCCUUAAACAUCAAUAGUAUAGUUUUAAUAUGUGAACGAUAUGCAUAUUUUACAUGUUUUUAGUGUUACCAACUUUUUUCUCUGUAUAAAGUUAAAUCCUACUUUGUUGAAUUGAAAACUCGAAAAUGAAUAUACAUUUUUUAUCAGAAUGUAAAACUUUUGAGCUUCAUUGUGCUUCAUUGCAGUCUUUUCUCCUUUUUUGGGGUGGGGGGGGUUUGUCAGCUGAGCUUAACUAUAUUUUCUGCAAGUAAAAACAGAAGUUUUACAUUUCUAUAGAAAAAACGCUUAGUGUACUAUUACAACGUACUUUUACAAUGUACUUGAUUCAUCAUGUCAGUCACAUUUAGUUCUCUUUAUUUACAGAAAUGUACUGGAAAAAGUCAAAAAAAGGAGAACUAAAA